GAGACAACAAGAGAGCUCCCUGCUCCUUCCUAGCAAGCAGAGCCAGGAGAAUCCAAGAGGGAAGCUCAUCUCACCUCUCAUCAUGAACGGCAAGUUGGUUGCUGCUGUCUUGGCUCUUUUCCUAACCUACGCAGCGGUAUCAGAAGGGAUGAGUCUGGCAAAGACGGGGAAUGAGCUCCGAUGCCAGUGCAUCGACCUGCAUUCCAAGUUCAUCCCUCCCAGGAGCAUUCGGGAUGUGAAGCUGACCCCAAGCGGACCUCACUGCGAGAACACUGAAAUCAUCGCUACUCUCAAGGACGGCAGAGAAGUGUGCUUGGAUCCCACUGCUCAAUGGGUGAAGAGAAUCAUUAAAGCAAUUUUGGACAAAGAUCAAGCCAAUGCUGAGGCAAAACGCUAAGAAAAACCAAAGAAG